UUGAGCGCAUUGUAUUUGAGAGGCGCCAGGUGUCAUUCGUUUAUCCAAGCGGCUUUAAGAGUGACUCGUAACUCCAUUCGUUUUCCUAACCUAAAAGAGAAGGAUUCGAGCGACGUCGCUCAUAUUAUUGGGAUUAUUAAAUAGAAUAAGCUGAGAAAUGCCUGAGAGUACGAAAGUGGAGAUUCCUAAGCCAAUUGUCGAAAAGAAAAGUGAAAAGGAUGACGACAAAUCGGAAAUGUCGGAGGAAGAUAAGCUUCUGCAGGAAGAGUUGAAUCAAUAUGUAGAGCAUUUACAGGAUUCCAAUAGCAAAUUGUAUCUCAACGCAUUGGACUCGUUGCGCACGCAAAUUCGAACGUCUACAACGUCAAUGACUAGUGUACCCAAGCCACUGAAGUUCAUGCGUCCCCAUUAUGAUACAAUGAAGGCCAUUUACGAUAAGCUCAAAGAUAAAAAAUGUAGGGAACUGUGUUCGGAUGUGAUUUCUGUUUUAGCGAUGACGAUGGGCGAAGGUAGAGAAUGCCUAAAGUAUAGAAUAUUAGGUUCGGCGCUCAAUAUCGGCGAAUGGGGUCACGAGUACGUGAGACAUUUGUCGGGUGAAUUGGUGGAAGAAUGGGAGGAACUGGCGAUCGAAGGCUCCGAAGAGAUGACCAAAAAAUUAAUCGGUCUUGUUCACGAAAUUGUACCUUAUAACAUGGCUCACAACGCCGAAACAGAGGCCUGCGAUUUACUUAUGGAAAUCGAUCGACUCGACUUUCUUGAACAAUACGUCGACGAAAGUGCGUAUCAGCGAGUUUGUUUAUACCUUACAAAUUGCGUCCCUUACGUCGCCGAUCCAGAAAACAGCACGCUUCUGCACGCGGCAUUAAAAUUAUAUAAGAAAUUUUCACAGUACCCGCAAGCCCUUAGGCUCGCCAUGCAGCUCAACGAUCUACCCCUCAUCGAGAAUAUAUUCACCAACUGUCCAGAUCUAUCAAUUCAGAAGCAACUAGCCUUCAUGCUCGGCCGCCAGCAAAUCUUCCUCGAGCUGCCCAUAUCCAUCGACUGGUACGACGAUCUCGUGGAAAUAAUGACAAACUCCCAUUUGAACAAUCAUUUCUUGAAUCUCGCUCGUGAUCUUGACAUAAUGGAGGCUAAGACUCCCGAGGACGUGUACAAAUCGCAUCUGGAGAACUCGAGACCGCCGUUCGGGGGCGGCCAGGUGGACUCGGCGCGGCAAAACCUCGCCGCCAGCUUCGUAAACGGAUUCGUCAACGCGGGCUUCGGCCACGACAAGCUCCUCAUCGAGGAUGGCAACAAGUGGCUUUACAAGAACAAGGAGCACGGCAUGUUUAGCGCCACAGCCUCCCUCGGCCUCAUACUUCUCUGGGACGUCGACGGGGGUCUGACGCCCAUCGACAAGUAUCUCUACUCCUCCGAGGACUACAUAAAGUCCGGAGCACUGUUGGCCUGUGGAAUCGUCAACUGCGGAGUGAGAAACGAGUGCGAGCCCGCGCUGGCUCUACUCUCCGAUUACGUGCUGCACAACAGCAACACGAUGAGAAUCGGCGCCAUUGUGGGACUCGGUUUGUCCUACGCCGGAUCGAACAAAGAGGCCGUACUCAGUCUUUUAAUACCAGUUCUCAGCGAUCAAAAGUCCAACUGGGAGGUUAUCGGAGUCACCGGACUCGCCCUGGGUAUGGUGGCCGUUGGCUCCUGCAACGCCACCGUCACCACCGCCAUUAUGCACACGCUAAUGGAAAAGACCGAAACAGAACUCAAGGACACGUACGCCCGCUUCCUGCCCCUUGGAUUGGGACUCUGCUUCUUGGGCAAACAGGAGGCCGCCGAGGCUAUAAUCGCAGCCCUCGAGGUGAUCCCCGAGCCCUUCAAGUCCAUGUCGACGACCCUCGUGGAGAUGUGCGCUUACGCGGGCACGGGCAACGUCCUCAAGAUCCAGCACCUCCUGCACAUCUGCUCGGAGCACUAUGAGCCGGUUAACGAAAAAGAGGAAAAGUCGAGCAGCAAGGAUAAGGAGAAGAAGGAGGAGAAGAAGGAGGAGAAGGAGAAGGAUUUAAGCUCGAGGCAGGCCGUCGCCGUCCUCGGUAUCGCCCUCAUAUCAAUGGGCGAGGAGAUCGGCGCGGAGAUGGCCUAUCGCACUUUCGGCCACCUUCUGCGCUACUGCGAGCCCGUGAUAAGGCGUUCGGUACCCCUCGCCCUCGGCCUCAUAUCCGUCUCCAAUCCCAAGCUCAACAUCCUCGACACUCUAUCCAAGUUCUCCCACGACAGCGACCUCGAGGUCGCGCACAACGCGAUAUUCGCGAUGGGCCUCGUCGGCGCCGGCACCAACAACUCCAAGCUCGCGGCGAUGCUCAGGCAGCUGGCCCAGUACCACGCCAAGGAUCCCAACAAUCUCUUCAUGGUGAGAAUAGCCCAGGGUCUCAUUCACCUCGGCAAGGGUACCAUGACUCUCUCGCCCUACCACAGCGAUCGCCAACUGCUGAGUCCGGUCGCCCUCGCUGGACUCCUAGCCACCCUCAUUGGGUUCCUCGACGUAAAGAACAUAAUCCUGGGGAGGUCGCACUACCUGCUCUACACUCUGGCGGCGGCGAUGCAGCCCCGGAUGCUAGUGACGUUCGACGAAGAGCUCGCGCCGCUGGCGGUGCCGGUACGCGUCGGCAUGGCCGUGGACGUCGUCGGCCAGGCUGGCAACCCCAAGACCAUCACCGGCUUCCAGACUCACACGACGCCCGUGCUGCUGGCGCACGGGGAACGCGCGGAGCUCGCGACCGAGGAGUACGUGCCCCUCACGCCCAUCAUGGAGGGCUUCGUUAUCUUGCGCAAGAACAAGGAGUCGACAUAAGCGAGCCCGGCCCCGACCCCUUGUCUAUAUAUCCUAUGACUGUACCAUUAAGAUUUAUAAUUAAAAGAGUUUUAUUAAUAA